AUGAGGGCGGCAAAGCCUCCAUCUCGUACUGUGCUUGGUCUCUGUCUCUGGUUUUUCCUGCUGCUCUUCCUUGUCGGGAGAUGCCAGGCUCAAGCUCCGGCUCCGUCCCCUGCUACAACAACUGGGACCGAUCCGGUCGAAGGUGAGGCUCUGUGAUAUGCCCCUGUUUUCUGACUGCGUGAAGAGGAGGGGGGGGGGGGGAGAGUUCAGCCUCUGUACGUCAGCUUUCUCUGGAAUUAGGAUGGAUGCCUAGAUCGCUAAACUCCAGUCGUAAUUCUCAAGUUUCUCCUUCUUGGUUCCUUCAACCGGGAAGUUAGGGAGAGGUUGGGUCGCGGGCUCUCCUUGUUUUGACCGAGCACAGCGAUACGGAUCUCUCUCCUAACCACUCGGAUGCUCUGAUUAGCCCUCACAGUGCUCCAGAGUGGAAGUAACCUGCUCCUGUCUCGGCACACAGAAGGUAUCGGCGCUGGACUGUUUUGGCCCAGACGCACAAGUCUGUGGGCUUCGGUCGUCGGACUUCUAUUUCUAGGCAGCAGUGGCGUGUGAAUCUUUGCUCACCUCCAUUCUAGAUAAAUUUUGGCUAGUUCGAAGCUUUACGCCGUCCAUUUUGAAGCUUAUGGGGCUUGACCGAAAUAUUUGCUGCAUUUUAGAAGCGCUGGGGUUUCUAUCGAGUAUCGUGAGGCUAACUCGUUCUGGUUUGUGAACGUCACCGAUCCUUGGUGACAGCCGAGGCGGUGAACGCCAUCUUCAGGCGCUGGUCCCUGCAAGCCACCGGCUGGAACCUCAGCGGCGAGCUGUGCAGCGGCUUGGCGAUCGGCGCAAGCAACUACGACAACAACAACCCAAUCAUCACGUGCAACUGCAACUUCAAUGACGGCGCUCCCUGUCGCGUUACUAGAUUGUUCGUACCCCCGUUCUUGUUCAUCUCAAGGUCUCAAUGCCGCGGGGACAAUGACGAUCUGUCUAUCUGCCCUGAUCUUGCAGGAAGAUAUAUGCCCUCAAUGUUGUCGGAACCGUACCAGAGGAGCUCCAGAAUCUGACUCAACUCACCCACCUGUAUAUGCCCCCCCUUUGCAUCUGGUUCUUCGCCUGAUGACCUUGGAUGCAGACACCUAUGAAUAAAACAGCGACUGAAAGUUACUGACGAUGCGCCAUUUUCUAUGUUGGCAGUAACCUGGAUCAGAACUAUUUGACCGGUCCUCUCCCUGCAUUCUUGGGGAACCUUACAUCCUUGCAGCGCCUGUAAGUAAUAGGCUGGUAAUCAGCAUUCUUCAGGGCAGAAGGGGUUGACCUCUACCGUGCUCUGUUUCACGUUUUCAGGAGUGUUGGGAUCAAUGCACUAUCAGGGCCUCUCCCAAAAGAGCUGGGGCAACUUAGCAGUUUCGUCGCAAUGUAAAAUCCCUAUCCUUGAUGUUUGAUUUAUUGCUUAGCUGGUCAGAGUUGGGGACUCCGCUUUUCUUUGCGUGUGAAUUUUUUUAUGCCCGGUUUUUCGCUCCUCAAAGUGCAUCCCAAAAAUGAUUUGAAUAUUUAUGGAGUUAGAUAAUUUCUGUUUGAUGGAUAAAAUCUUAUUUUCCACGAUUGAACUGUCUGUCCCCUGAUCAUGGCCAGAUGAUACUUUUUAGCAACGGUUGUGCAUUCUAUUGAUUUUUAUGGAGGUAUUUUACGUCUUAUUACGUUAAAAGAAUGCAUAUACCUUCUAUGCCUUUAGCUGGUAUUUUUUUUAUACAUAAUGGGCAUGUCAGGACUCAGUGGCACAAAAAAACCUUUCUAAAAUUCGUUCAGAAUAAUAAACAAUGAUCAAUAAGUCAGAUUGUUCCUACUGUUUGAUUGGAAGGAAAACUAUUAAUUCAGUCUAGAAACAUGACAUAUGGAAACCGAGUUUUCUUGUAGACGUUGAAGGUAUAUUUAUGAAUAAUUGAUGGGAAACGUAUUUUGCGUAAGAUCCAUACGCAUGGAAGCCGAUCUUUAUAUUGCUUUGGGUGCUUUGAAUUCCAUCUCUGUCACAUGGUGGCCGUAGGAUUCUGACGACGUUUUACCCAAUAUGACUGUUCACCGUACAGCUAUAUUUUCAGUGAAAUUAACUUUAUCUAUUCUGCCUUGUACAGAGGGCUGGGUACAAACAACUUCAGUGGUUCACUCCCUCCGGAACUCGGAAACCUGUCAAAUCUAGAGGAGCUGUGAGUCCUGCUUCUUGUGGUUCACUCUCUGCUUCUAGUCCUGCUUAUAGUAAAAUCAAUAAUGCAUUAAUGGCAAAGUUCAAAUCUAGUCCUGUAAUGAAUUAUUCAGGCCUGGCGUCUUCAGUAGGAAGAUGAGAUGAUUGCUCCAUAUUUUCACUGGCAGGUACUUGGAUAGUUCUGGGCUGAGUGGUGAGAUCCCAUCAUCCCUCUCUAAUCUUACGAAGUUAAGGAUGCUGUAAGUCAGAUGCUCGAAAUUUUGGCAUAAUUUCCAUUGAACGUUAAAGCUAUGUACUCACGCCAUUGAUCCUCUUGGUUACAGUUGG